GUCCCAAAACCCAGGUGUGAAAUAAAACGCUAUUUAUCAAAACCGCGUAAACACUUUGCCUCAAAAUCGCACGGAACUUGUGUCGCUCUACAACACAGAUUUUCAAGGCAGCCGUAUAGACUUUAUUACUGCAAGAACUUUGGUGUAAUUUAUACAUAGCGGGAUUACUGCUUCGACUGGAGCAAGCUGAGAUCAACACAGAUUAUUAAGAAGGCUUAAGAUAUCGUCAAGAAGGUGUUAGAUAUGAGAAUUUCGGUAAAAAAGUAUUGUGCAGUCUUCGUGUUAUGGCUAGCAAUGUAAGUGACUUCAUGGAUAUUUAAUAAGCGGUUUUCUGGUGUAUUGACAUUAAUAUUAGUAAAUAUACUGAUCAUGUUCACCUUGGACAUCAAUUUUGAAUUGUACGUGAGUUCAAAUAGAAACAAAAUCUCGACUUAUAUUUUGCUAUUUUCCUGCUGUUUUUAGGUUGGGUACAGCUGAGAGCCGAGGAAACAGAAGAUGUCAAAAGAGUCUACGAAAACGAGGUUUGAAAAAAAAUAUAUGCAAAUAUAUUCAUGUACAGGACACCGUUCAUCAUAUACAGGAGAAAUGAGAUUCCCAGUUGAAAUAAACUAAGUUUCUAACAGUUUUUUUCCUGCGUUGUGAAAAUAUGCCUGCCAAUUUAUUAUAUUAAUCCCGUGUCUUGCUAUAGACUCGUGCACUCUCGCAGCUACAAAUUCUAAGAUAAAAAAGGCUUUUAAAGAAGAUAAAAUCUCUGCUAUUUUAUAAAAAUUCUCUAAACCCAUCAUGUUCUCAAAAUAUUGACAUUUUAACCACGCUAACUAUCUUACGCAUGUCUUCAUGCAAACGUUCAGAAUUACUUGCGCGCUAGAAAUUCUCGACACCCUAGUGUAAAAGUCUACACUUCCAACGAUUCAAUAAGAUAAAUCCCUUCCAAGACUUGACGAAGUAUACUAUCGCAGUUUCUGUGAUCAUCAUUGUGAUGUGAAGUCAUAGUUUCGAUCAAAGAAACAGUAAAAUUAGCCUUAUCCCGCUUAGGUGUCUCGGCGUCUCAAGUGCAGGUGUCAAGUUUUAGUCCAGAAAGAUAUAUAACGAGUCAAGGAGACUGUUGACCUUUUUAGCUUAUUUUUAGGAUUAAAAUGAAACAUCUUAAGCGUAAAAUGUCAGUGGGUAGUUCAACACAGCCUUCAGCCGGGUAAAUGCAGACACCUCAAACUGAAACCAUUUCUUAUACCAGGGGAAUAUAUAAAACGUCUAUCUGGGCCUCUCUCGCCUAAAUACUGCGCUUAUUAAAGGAUUAAACUUUAAGAGAUUGCGUCUUUCUGACUCGUGUACAUAUUGACAAUGCAACAAUUAAAAUGUGUUUAUAAAUGAAGGUAUGUGCGAUUUGCAUGGAAAUAUCGUACAUGAGCCAUGUUAAUGCGUGGAUCAAUGUUUUACCCCUUAAUACUUCAGUCACAUUCCUGUGAAGUACGAAUAACAUGUUACGCUGUUAUGUGCACUCUUUGGAUCAAAUGUUGUUUACAAUGCCAAUGGUCAAAUGCCUUUUUCUCGAUGAAAAUAUGGAAGACGCUUUCAGUGGAAGAUUGUUUGUGGCUGCCGAGGCAAUAUUUCGAAAAAAGAUAACGCUCUGUAGCCAUGAAACACAAAUCAUAAAUCAAUGACACUUGCCGUUUCCGUUAUUGUUUAAAGACAGAGGCGUGAUUUCUGUCGACUGCAACAAAUUGUUCCGUUCAAUGUUUAUACAACAACUUCCACGCAGGAUUUUCGUUUAAAAAGACCAAUCUUCCGUAUGAGACGCGCUUUUCUUAUAUGUUUACGGGGGAAGCGCGGCUUGUUGGCUUGUUGCUACAGUGUGUUACGGCAUUUAAAUUAAACUAUUGCUGAAAUCAUAAAUCAUGCUUAAUGUCAAUAUGACAGAUUGUUUCGUUUUUGAAAAAGCCGACUUAACUAUAUUUAAAACAACUUGGAGAUUUUUAUACAUAAUCAGUGACAAAAUUCAUGAAGCGAUUACGCUGGAAAUGUAAUCCCCCUUCAUGUUAUGAGAAUUUGCAUUUUAUACGAAGUGGUUUUGCAUUCUGUUGUCUUGUCGACAACUUCCCAGUAAAUAAUGCAACAUUGGAGCGAGGUGAUUUUGAAUUUGCGCAAUUAUUUUUUCACGAAAGCACCACUAUAUCUGUCCCACGUUUCAAUGUCAAUUGAACAAAGAGCACUAAUAUUCUACGUGGUAUACUGUAGAUUGACCCAAAAACGGCCAAGACUUGGCGCAAAUAUUUUCUUAUAAUUCUUAAAAUUAAUUAUAUCCGCCAUGAAAUGCGUGAAAACAUUUUGCAAUCUCCGGGAAUUUCUAUUUUUCAUAUUCCAAAAACUUUAAUGUGAUACUCGGCGUAGUUCGAGCAGAGUUUGUAUAAUGUACACCUUCAAAAAAAAAUAUGCGCGCAGGAUAAUGUUUGUACAAAAAACGAAAUUUCAACACCCCAUUAAGAAAUGCACACAAAAAUCAUGUUAGAAAUCAUGUUCCAUCAUGUUACUUCGCUGACUUAGGAACGUUUACUUUGACGUGCGUAAAUAACGUAAAAACACGUACUUCAGCGCGCGAUACUAUAAUAUUUUCGACCACAACAUGGGUGGGCUAAAGAUAUAUUCACUGUAUUUACAGUAGACAUUCAAUAUUCCGCAAUAUUUCAUAAAUUGCACGUGCGUCGGCCCGCAAUCAAAAAGGAACUGCAGUUAGCACGUUAUCUGUUUAAUAAUUUGAAGGAACCAUAAAUCUUGAUUGUCAAAAUCCCGCGUCUUACCGACGGGCCAACAGUGUCGUUAGAGACAUACUGUCGCAACUUUACAAAUUGCAGAAGAAUAAUGUCCGCUAUGAAGUGUGAAAGUGUUAACGCGCGUGUGAUAAGCGCGCGGAAUGUAAACUAAUAGUAUAGCACGCGCAACCAGGCGUCGCCCGCAGAUGAAAGCCUGCUGUGCAGGUUAGCACAACCCCAAAUACCAAAGAUAGGCAUCUCAAAGUAUGAGGGUCACAGACGGACACUGCACAUGCUCGUUGAGCCUCAGAUGUAUUGACAAUUUUGCCGUACAUAUUUUCGAUCCGCUAGAUUUUGAAGUAAUUUUUAUAAUUUUCCUCGCAGGAAAAUGCCGUACAUCAGCCAUUUUGACGAAGAGUUUUGGCACGUUCCAUUCACCAGGAUACCCACGAAACUACACGAACAAUGUACAAAGCAGUUGGCACAUUCGUGUUCCAAAAGGAUAUCGUAUUCGAAUUCGUUUUCGCAAAGAUUUCCACGUCGAAGAUUCAACAUUAUGUCACAAAGAUGCACUGGUUGUUGCGUUUGAUAAAUCUCAGAAAAACACAAAGUUAUUUUGUGGAAAGAAAAGACAGAGAGGUGUGACGUCAUCAACGAAUGAAUUGUGGUUGAUAUUUCGAAGUGAUGAUGCGGGAAUUGCAAAAGGAUUCUUUGCAACUUAUCGUGCUAUUGGUAAGAUUGCGUGCUUGGAUCGUGCUAAGUGUGAAAUAAUACGUGUUUCGAUCAUUCGUGGUAUGAAGGAGUUCAAUUGAAUUCUUAGAGAUGGUUUAUGAAACACAUGUUUUUUCUCUCUCUAGAUGUGAAUGAAUGUCGAAAAGAAGUGUGUAAGUUUCCCAGUCUGUGCAGGAACACAGUGGGCAGUUACAUGUGCGAUUGUCCUGAUGGAUAUAGACUACGAGGAAGAAAGAAUUCCGGCAGAUGUGUAGGUAAGAAUGAAUUAGAAGAAAUCAAGGGUAUUCUAAUUGCUCCAGGACGUCUAUAAGGACACACUAAGUAGCAUGCUAUUUUCCUACAAUCGACGAUACUCCUUGACAUGAUUUUGUAAACACAUAAAUUAGUUGAAGAACAUAUAAAGUUGAAUGGUUAGUAAACAUGGUUUUCUCUUGUUCAGAUAUAGAUGAAUGUUCCAGUAGGCAGGUGAAAUGUGAGUUCAAGUGUGUCAAUACAGCAGGCGGCUAUCAUUGUGUCUGCCCAAGAGGAUACAGAUUAGCUUACAACGAGAAAAGCUGUCGAGGUGAGAAGACGAUCUUCUAAUAAAUUACCGUUCUAAUUUACUUCGUAUAAUUCCAUUUCUCUCUAAUUUACGUAUAAUUAGUUUCCAAUUUAUUCCUAAUUUAAGUCUAAUAAAGACGGUUAAUUGUAAUCAAUGGUAAAUAUUUAGAUGAGAACGAAUGUCUCAAACACAAUGGUGGAUGUAGUCAUCAAUGUCGCAACUCAAGAGGUUCCUAUACGUGCCUGUGUCCAACUGGAUAUAAAUUGGACUCAACAAGACGAACCUGUCACAAAGGUUAGUUGGUGCGUGUCUAGGAAAUUUCUUUUCAAUUUUACAAUAUGAUGCUUGAGUGUAUAUCCACACCGGGCAAGCUUGAAAAAUAUGCCUGGCCACUGAAUACAUUACACCAACAGAGAAAAAAUCAAUUUUACAAUAUGUUCAAACAUAUUGUUCAAACAUAACUCAAAAAUUAUCACACGAUUUAAUACGAAAAUUUGUGGCACACCAAGGGCAAACAUUUUGGUUUAAUUGGGAUUAGAAAUUUACAAAAAGUUUGGUUUGCUUUCCCAUGCUGAAAAGAAUCAAAUUCGCAAUUAGUGCAUGUAUGAUUUAUGGGUACUUAAAGGCAAAGGUAGGCAGUCUUGGAAAAGCUGUGUAUAUUAUCUCAUUUUGAAUUUCUUUCAUUUAGAAAUAUUCUACGAUAGUUAUCAACAGAUAUAUUAUGUCAAGGAAGACGUGGCUAUUGGGACACUGGUAACGAAAGUGAAAGCAACCUUGGCGAAAAGACAUGGUCAAAAGAUGCUCUUCUUCAUUGUCGCUGAAAACUUAAAAUCAGAACAUCCAACAUUUAAAAUGAACAGCACGAGCGGAGAAUUGACCGUGAACGCAUCUUUGGACAGAGAAACUGUUUCAGAAUAUUUAUUGGAGAUUGAAGCGAAACAUUUGAACGAAAAGAAAAAGUGGACAAAAGCGCGAAGUUUUGUUGUUGUAAGAAUACUCGACAUUAAUGACCACGCCCCACGGUUUAGUCACCCAGCUUAUACGAUAAGUGUCCCCUGUAAUGUGAAACCCGGGAGUGUCUUAUAUCGUAUUGAUACAUAUGAUCAAGAUGAAGGCAAGAAUGCACAAGUGAUGUACAAACUUGAGCCCGCGAACCCGUAUUUCACGGUCCAAAAACACAGCGGUAAGGUGAAAGUUUUGAAAGGACUUCAUGAGUUUUGUAAUGAAAGCAGCAGUUCUCCACUGAGAAGAUUUGAGUACAAAAUCGUGGCGACUGAUCGUGGACGUCCCGCGUUGAGAACACGUGUGCACGUGAGGUUUAUCAUAGCGGCUGUGGAUUUGACGUCACAAACCAUGUUCGUCUGGUAUACCGAGAACCAUGAUGUCAAACUUGUAAAGAAGUCCUCACGUAAAACUCUCAAACAGACUGACUCUACCUAGUAAAUUAUACAUUUUCAUAAACUAAUAUAUUCAUGUUUCUUACAAGUCAUCUUUUCAGACAGAAAAAGUUUAAACGAGGUUGACAGUGUCACACAUUGACCACAGAAAACGCAAUGGUAAUAACAAGCCUGUAUCAAAUACGAGGCAAUAUCCUAUAAACUUUUUCCACUCUCAUAAAAACUUGAGCUUUAGAAGGCUCAUACGAAAUUUAUGAAAUGUGUUCUAGUGGAUUUUCAGCCAACCUCGUACCCCAGUCUUCUCGUUGUUCCAGAGUGUGAAGAUCAGGUGAAGACACUGGGUACGAGGUCGCUAUAUAUUACUAGUACGUAUAAAUGUGGUUUUGUGUAUAUAUAAAAUGUAUAUAGUACGACAGAUAUGUAAAGGACAUAUUUUAACAAACUUUAUCUAACUUUUAAAAGUGUGGUUGUAACAGUGCAGACGAAAAUAUAAAUGUUGUCUUCACUAUAUAUAAAUGAUACAAUAAACAUCCAUUCGAUAAUAAACGCCUCGUAUUUAAUAGACGCCCUGCAUUCUACAUACAAGAGACGUCAGACGUAGGUCGUAUGGGGGCAGCCAUUGAGUAUCCUAUAGUAAACCUUUAACACUCGUGCAGUUGUAGGAAAAGAUUAUUAGCACCCUCAGCCCUACCUAUUUACCCUUUACAAAAAUAAUCCAAACAGCUCAUC